AUGGACAAAAUUAAUGUGUCAAGAAAGACCAAUGAAGUGGUGUACACAUCAUUGUUCAAGCAAGAGAGAGAGAGAAAUAAGCUGGAGAGACAAAUACAAAAGUUACAGAGAGACCUACAAAACGAGAAAGUAAAGAGGAAAGUUGCAGAGAACAAUAAUAGUGAAUUACAGAAAAGGAUAAAAAAAUUUGCCUCUAAAUCUACAAGUGCAAAGAACGAACAGUCAAAGGUGGAACUAAAUGAACUGAAGAAAAGGUUAGAUGAAAGCAUUAAAAAAUUUGAAAGUGAAAGAGCCUCUUUAGUACAAUUAUACAAAAAUCUGGAGAAUGUCAUUGCCUCAACAAAAAAUUUACAAUACCAAUUGAACAAAGAGAAGGAAAGAGAAAAUCGAUGGGAAGAAAAAGUAGAGGAAGAAAGAAAAAACAAUGAAAAACUGACACAAGAGCUGCAUAUGGCAUACAAUGAUAUUAACUCUCUCAAAGACAAAUUGAGCGGGUCUUGGAAACAAACAUGA